AUGGGGAAAAACGAGACUGACACGGAUGUUCUGACAAGUAACGUUGAAGUUGGAUCCGUCUUGUCGCAAUGCGCGGAGUCACGAGUGCAUGAGUGUAACUUUUACGGUUAUCGCGCCGUCUGCAAGCACCGUUUUCCCAAAGCGUACCGUCAUCCUGCUUUAGAUCAACGCCUCCGGGAGCAGCGGACUGUCCGGGAGGGUCGAGCACUUGCACGCUGCCUCAAAAACGGAGUCUUGGCCCCAACCGUUUUUGCUGUUGACCGUGAACGGUGCGCAAUUGUCAUGGAGCGCAUUGACGGUCUCACCGUACGCGAGAUAUUCAAUCACGAGCAAGGAAAUGUUGCACAAGGGAAGACGGACGUGUCUUUUCUUGUCUCGUUCCUCUUAAGGGGAAUGGGGGAGGUGGUUGGCCUCCUGCAUAACGCAGACAUCAUUCACGGCGAUCUCACAACAUCGAAUUUCAUGUGCAAACGAAAUUUUUUGGAGCGACGACUGUCUACGGAAAAUUUGGCGUCAAACACCUCUUCUCGCGAUAGCAUUGUUGUUUUAGAUUUUGGACUUGUGAUGGACAAGAAUAGUGCGGAGGAGCGUGCCGUCGACCUGUACGUUCUUGAGCGUGCGCUGAAGUCCUCGCAUCCAUUUCUGGAGCACGUGGCCACUAGACUGGUCCUGGAGGGCUACCACCGCACCGUGGAUCCGCAGAAGGGUUCCGUCACCAUGGCGCGUCUGGAAGCAGUGCGGGCACGUGGCCGUAAACGGAGCAUGAUUGGCUAG